AUGUCCGCGCGGCGGGCGGCCAAGGGCCAGCACGCGGCGGCGACGCCGAGGAUCAUCAACCUCAACCUGGCGAGGAGGUCGGGCGGCGGCGGGAGGCCCGGCCGGGGCGCGGGGCGCGCGCAGCACCGCCCGGCGCCGGCGCCUCCGGUCAACCUCGGCGCGCUGUUCGAGAUGGAGCGGCGCGUGCGCGGGCUGGAGUCCGCGCCGGCGUCGCCGCCGCAGUGCUCCCGGGCGCCGGCACGGUCGCAGGAGGACGACGGGGAGCAGGAGGAGAAGUGGCGGUUCCAGGCGGAGAUCCUCCGCGCCGAGUGCAACUUCCUCCGGAUGGAGCGGGAGGUCGCGCUCCGCAAGCUCGACCGCCACCGCGGCCAGAUGGAGGCCACGCUCAAGUCCGCCGUCGAGACGCUCGUUUCGGGGAGGAAGAAGAUCGACGGGAAGGGCGACGUCGGCGUGGCGGCGGCGCUGGACGAGGGGAUCGAGGACCUGGAGGAGAUGAUGGAGGAGCUGCGGGUGGAGAAGGAGAGCGGGAGGAGGGCGAUGAGCGGGACACGGGAGCUGCAGCGGAGCCACGGCCGGAACUUCGAUCGGCAGGCGUCCUCGCUCCGCCGCCGCCUCGAGAAGAUGCCGCCGGCCGACCCCGAGCCCUGCGUCAAGGACAUCCGCGAGAUCGCCCUGCCCGUCGCCGCGCCGCCGGCGGCGGCGGCGGCGGCGGGGCACAGCGACGACGAUGACCGCGUCCACAGCGCCAACACCUCCGAUGUGGAAAUGCUGAGGAUGAAGAUGGAGGGGAUGUCGAAGGGCAUGCGCGAGCGGAUGGCGGAGUACAGCCGGCGCCUGGAAGCCGUGGCCUCCGGCGACACCGCCGGCUGCCAGUCCAGGAAAUGCGGCAGCCGGCACAGCCGAAAGGCGAGCGCGGGCAGCCAGAGGAGCUGGAGCGGGGGCAGCACCGCGAGCAACGGCAACGCGCCGUCGGUCCUCGACGCCGCCCCGCACGGCCGCGGCCGCCACGCCGUGGCGGCGGAGAAUCGUCAUCAGCAGCGGCAGCACAAGAGUAUGGCUGAAGAGUGCAAACUGGUGAGCUCGGGUAGCUUCUGCGACUGCAGGGAGAUUGUGUGGAAGAUAAUGGAGCAAGUAAAGGCAGAAUCAGAGCAAUGGACAGAGAUGCAAGAUAUGUUGGAGCAGGUUAGGUUGGAGAUGCAAGAGCUCCAGUCUUCCAGGGAUACAUGGCAGCAUCGUGCCAUGGCUUCUGACAUAAGUCUGCGCUCCUUGAAUUCUCAAAUACUGGAGUGGAAAAAUCGGGCACAAGUGUCAGAACAGCGCGUGGAAGAGCUGCAGAUGAAGAUUUCGGAGCUCCAGAGCAAGCUACACACGUUCAAAGCCCACUUCCCAACCCCAGCUGCUAUUCCUAGCCAAGAUCAAUGGUCUGAAGCGUGCAAGAUAGAGAACCCAAGAGCAAAGCCUCCGCACCAGCGGUCGCAGGAAUGCGGCAAGGAGGAGAAGAAGCACGUCCUCAUCUGCCGCGUGAAGCACUCCCCCAGCAGCGUGAUCCCGAAGCGCUCCCCGUUCCAGGAGAUCGGCAACAUCACCUUGCCGCGGCAGCGGUGAGGACCGAGGAGGAUGGGUGGUUUGGUGUCUGCUGAGACCUGAGUGGGUGAUGGGCUGCUGCAGUGAAGCCGUGAAGGAUUCGGGCGUGAGCGGAAGAGAAAACUCUUUCAGUUUGGCCUCCCCAGUAGCAUCGAUCAGCAUCUAAUAAAUAAUAAUUCGUGACCCACUGAUGAGUAACCAGGCCUGACUUCUCGUCAGGUCGGUAGUAAUUAAGUAGCCAGUAGGUGAGCUGAGAGAGAGACGGAGUACAGUGCUGAGGAAUAGGUCAGAUAUGUAUUUAACGCUAAUGCUUAUUUUUUUGCUAGUACUACGUAUAUGCAAUUUUGUUCCUGCUUCUGCCA